AUGAGUGAUCUUGUGACUUUGGGAGAACAGCUUAAGAGGAAGGACAUCAGCAGUUCUGACUUUGUCAGUGCGGAAACAUUAGCUACUGUCGAUGCUGCUAGGGUGUUCAACAUCUCUUUAGGCGGUGCAAUUUGUAGCCCAUCAGAUUUACUACCAGUGCACAUUGUUAGACUGAAGGAUGAGUCACCGAUGCAGAACACAUUGGGAAAACCAUGGCCGUUAUUCUUACAUGUUGGGGACUGGUUGUAUCCACUGAUACCAGGUGAGUCACCUGUGCUCUAUUCUACCUGUGGGGCCUACAUUUUCCCUGAUUUGAUGGCACCUGACCAGGGCAAAUCUUCACAAAGUUUUGUGGCAUUGAUGUUUCCGGAAGAUUUGCUCAGUGAAACCAGACAGUCUUUUCAUGAUCUGCUGAGAUCAGCAGCUGUGCUUUUAGACCAUUUCCAAGGACAUGUUACUUCAAUGAUGAGUGUAGAACCAGAAGCAAUUACUAGAGAACCAAGCAGUUUCAAGAGAUUAUCACUAGCUGCUGAUAAACUGUCACGGGGACUGUUUGAUGCUGUUGGCUGGAUUGCAGAUGAAGUGGAGAAAGGUGCUGACAUGGUGAAAGAGAAAGUCACAGAAGAAUCCAAAAAAUUUCAGCAGAAACAUAAACAUACAAUAGAGCCACAAAUUCGGGAAGGAAUUAUCUAUGCACGUGAAGUCACAGACUCCACUGUGAAGAUUUCAGGUUACGUAGUACAUAAACUAGGAGAAAUCAGUGCAGCACUGGGGCGUGAGAUAAAGGUCCCCCAUCGUCGUACUUCCAAUGUUGAUGAGGCAGCAGGUAGCACAGAUUGUGAUCCAGCAUUUUCUACUCUCCAUGAGGCAGCCAGAACUCUAGAACGAUGUUUAGUCAGUGGAAUGGAAGAUGUUACCAGAUAUGA